CUCUCGGGAGGGGGCCGAAUUUCACUUUGCAACUUUCUGCGGAACCCGAGCCCGGGUGGCAGCCGCUCGGGUGGUGGUAUCGUAUGCAAAUACGCAUGCUGACGUUACAGAUCAUGUGGGUUUUGGCGUAGAUUCCCCACUGAUCGAGACAUUUUUUUUUUUACCCCCCCUUUUAUUUUCUUUCCUUUCUUUUUUUUUUUAAUUUUCUUUUUUAAAAUUUUGGCCACGGGUUCUCCGUGACGAGGGCGCUUUUCCCGGUCUGUCGGUCGGUCGGUCCGGCGGGCUGGCUCGGCGCCCCUCUUCUUUCCCACGGAGCCCUCGCCGGGGAGUGGGGAGUGGGUGGGGGCAGCCAGCAGAGUUCCAUUUUGGAAAAGCCCGUGCCGCCGCGGCUCCGCGCUCCCGGCCCCGGUCCCCGCGCUCCCGGCCCCGGCGCAGGUCUUGACGCACUGACUGGCCGCAGAGUCAAUGUGUGAAAAGAUUCCCAGGAUGUAAGCGAUACGGGACGGAUAUGAUGCUGCCUCUUGUGUUUAACCAUUGGAGCAGUUACAAUUUUCUGUGCUGAGAUCAUUCUGGAAACUCAAACACUAGACUUCAGCAUUGACGAGAAGCCAAAGUCAUCAGAGGGGGGAUAAAGCCAAGAGCCUUUCUUUGAACAAACAAAUAAGUUUGUUCCAAAAGUUUUACUGCCCCCUCCCUACGUGCCCCCUGCCCACCCCUGCCCCAAAAUAAGCAUCGCACUCAGGCAGCAUGGCGAGCAAACGAAAAUCUACAACCCCGUGUAUGGUUCGGACAUCCCAAGUUCUAGAACAAGAUGUGCCCGAAGAAAGAGACAGGGCCAAAGAAAAAGCAACCGUCACGCCACAGCCUGAAACAGCCAAGGGCAGUUGGACAGCGGAUCCUGACAACUCAUCCAAAGAAAACGAAGUGAUAGAGGUGAAAUCGACGGGGGAGAACCCGUCCAAGAAGCUCCAGGGCGGGUACGAGUGCAAGUACUGCCCCUACUCCACGCAAAACCUGAACGAGUUCACGGAGCACGUGGACAUGCAGCACCCCAACGUGAUUCUCAACCCCCUCUACGUGUGCGCCGAAUGCAACUUCACAACCAAAAAGUACGACUCCUUGUCUGACCACAACGCCAAGUUCCAUCCCGGGGAGGCCAACUUCAAGCUGAAGUUGAUCAAGCGCAACAACCAGACUGUCCUGGAGCAGUCCAUCGAGGCCACCAACCACGUGGUGUCCGUCGCCACCGGCGGCCCCGGGAGCGGUGACCAUGACCCUGGGAUCCCGGUGAGUAAAACCCCCAUCAUGAAGCCAGGGAAACCGAAAGCUGAUGCCAAGAAGGCGCCCAAAAAGCCGGAGGAGGCCACCCCCGAGAACCACAUGGAAGGGACUGCCCGCCUGGUGACAGACGCCGCCGAGAUCCUCUCGAGACUCGGGAGCGUGGAGCUGCUCCAGGAGUUGGGGCACGUCACGCCUUCUGUCCAGCUCCCACCAAAUAUCAACCUUGUCCCCAAGGUCCCCGUCCCGCUGAACACUACCAAAUACAACUCUGCCCUGGACACCAACGCCACCAUGAUCAGCUCCUUCAACAAGUUCCCUUACCCGACCCAGGCCGAGUUGUCCUGGCUCACAGCUGCGUCCAAACACCCCGAGGAGCACAUCCGAAUCUGGUUCGCCACCCAGCGCCUAAAGCACGGCAUCAGCUGGUCCCCGGAGGAGGUGGAGGAGGCCCGGAAGAAGAUGUUUAACGGCACCAUCCAGACGGUCCCCCCGACAAUCACUGUGCUGCCCACCCAGCUGGCCCCCUCCAAGAUGUCUCAGCCCAUCCUCCAGACGGCUUUGCCGUGCCAGAUCCUUGGCCAGACCAGCCUGGUGCUGACUCAGGUGACCAGCGGGUCCACCACCGUCUCUUGCUCCCCCAUCACACUUGCGGUGGCCGGAGUGACCAGCCACAGCCAGAAGAGACCUUUGGUGACCCCGCAGGCUGCCCCUGAGCCCAAGCGUCCACAUGUCGCUCAGGUGGCUCAGGUGGCUCAGGUGCCAGAGCCCCCGCCCAAGCUGGCGAACCUGUCCCUGGCCGCGGCCAGCGACCGCAAGAAGACGAAGGAGCAGAUAACCCACCUCAAGGCGAGCUUUCUCCGGAACCAGUUCCCAGACGAUGCUGAGAUCUACCGACUCAUCGAGAUGACCGGCCUUGCCAGGAGCGAGAUCAAGAAGUGGUUCAGCGACCACCGCUACCGGUGUCAAAGGGGCAUCGUCCACAUCACCAGCGAAUCCCUUGCCAAAGACCAGCCGCCCGUGUCGGCCACCCCACACGGUCGCACGUACCACGCCUACCCCGACUUUGCCCCCCAGAAGUUCAAAGAGAAGACCCCGGGUCAGCUUAAACUCCUGGAAGACAGCUUUGUGAAAAGCUCUUUUCCCACCCAGGCGGAACUGGAUCGGCUGAGGGUGGAGACCAAGCUGAGCAGGAGGGAGAUCGACUCGUGGUUCUCAGAGCGGAGGAAGCUCCGGGACAGCAUGGAGCAAGCGGUCUUGGAUUCCAUGGGGUCUGGCAAAAAAGGCCAGGAUGGGGUGGGCCCCAAUGGUGCUCUGUCUCGACUCGACCAGCUCACCGGUGCUCAGCUGGUCAGUUCUCUGCCCAGCCCUUCACCAGCAAUUACAAAGAGUCAAGAGCAAGUCCAUCUCCUGAGGAGCACGUUUGCAAGAACCCAGUGGCCUACACCCCAGGAGUACGACCAGCUGGCAGCGAAGACCGGCCUGGUUCGAACUGAAAUCGUGCGCUGGUUCAAGGAGAACAGGUGCUUGCUCAAAACGGGGACCUUAAAGUGGAUGGAGCAGUACCAGCCGCAGCACACAGCGGAGGACCACGGCCACGACGCCCUGGCCAGGAGAGCCGUCAAGGCCGCCGUCCCCGAGAGCCCAAAGAACGGGGGCGAGGUGGGCCCGCAAUGCCACAAGGACCCCAAGAAGCUCUGCGAAGAGGUCUUGGAGAAGCUGGUGCCCAGGGCGAAAGUGGGCAGCGAGCCAGCAAAAGAUGGUUUGCCGGCAAAGCCCUCGGAGGCCACCGUGGACAGGUCAGAGGGCAACAGCCGAGACGGCCAGGGGAGAGACGAACACGGGGAGUCGGGCGUGGUGGAUUGGGUGGAGGUGACGGUCGGAGAGGAGGAUGCCACCUCGGACCGGUCAGACAGCUGGAGCCAGGCUGCCCCGGAGGGCACCGCAGAGCUGGCCGACUCGGACUCCGACAGCGUCCCUGCCGAGGCUGGCCAGGCUUAGACAGGGACGUCGGUCCGAAUGACUCUGUCUGUGAAGAAAGAAGAGAACGUCCCUCCCAGGCCUGCGAGGCCCGCCUGGCCAGACUCCAGCCGGACCUGGUUAGCGGGCCUGUCCCCCCGCAGGCGCCUCCCGGAGGACCGGCGGGAAUCGUUCACCGUGCCAAAGUCCUACUACUGCGUUUCCAAUGGGUCCUUGUAAAUAGUCGUCCCCUCUGCCCUGUCCCCCACCUCUUGCUCCACUGGAACCAAUUUGUACAACUGGGGAUUUUGCUACCUUUUUAAUCGCGGGCAAUUUCCAUCUCCAGCACUACCAUCCAUCGCAAGGUUUUUCCCAGGAGGCGGGGGCUGGUCACAUGCGUUGUUUUUUUUUUUCUUCUUCCUUCCUUUUCUUUUUAUUUUAUUUUAUUCAUUUGGGGGAAGGGGUAAUAUUAGCAUUAGUGCCAUUAUAUCUACUGGAUUUUAGGUAGGGAGAGUUCAUUUUUAAAGGUAGAUUGAAAUUUGGGAGAUUUUUCUCGGGGAGGCGUCGGACUCAACGUGGAGAGCAUUUGCAGAGGGCAGAUCUUCCCAAUCGAAUCUGUUUCCACGUCCCCUCCAGCAGCCUCUGAGAUCCCUGUGGAGCCAUGCACAAAGGCACAAGGCGUUCCCAGCCGCCUCCUGCGGGUCUGGUUUCUCAAUGGCCUGGCCUCUGAGUCAGACCUGGGGCCCGACCAUUGCCCGGCAGUCUGGGGAACAGGUGGCUGUCCUUUUAAAGCACCUUUUUAGAUCCCUGCAGAAAGGGCUAUCAUUGUCAUUGCUUUUGUAAAACGGCAGCAGUCAGAGAUCUUCCUGUCUAGAUGGAACAAAGAUGAACCGCACUGGUUUUCGUUUCUGUCCCCGACUGCCUUUUCUCAGUGUGAUAUUGGACACGAUUUCAGCUUGAAGCCUUCCCAUAAGUUGGUUUUUUGUUUGUUUGUUUGUAUUUGUGUUGGGCCAAUGUUAGACUCCUGAGUGCACUUUUUCCUCCCAGUUAGUGCUAACUUUUAAAGAAGAAAAACCAAGAGACAUAUCUGGUGUACAUGUUGCAAUAUGAAUUGUGUGUGCACCCUCCCCGCCGUGCCCCCCCCCCCCCAAUUUGAGUACAUUGCACAAAUAAAAUGCUAGGGAGUUUGGGGAAAAAAGAACACAACUUUUCUAACUUGUUGCUCCUUUGUUGUAACUCAAUAAAGCAAAAGACUAAACGUUUUUAUAACCUUU